AUGGCGACAGUGAUGGUGAUGUGUAGGUCACUUCUGGUUCCUGAAACAAGAUCAUCCCAACCUGAUAACUCGCUCAGAAACAGCUACCUGUUUACGAGGAGGGUUACUUCGUAUCGGCCUAGACACGGCCUGACUACUGAUAUCAUUAUCAAUCUGGUUCCGGCAAACCGAUUUGGUUUCCCAUUUAAAAACUCCUGGAACAGACAAACUUUACCCAAGGCAGACGUGAAGUCCAUUCUUGUUUGCAUUUUGGGUUGGGGAUCCGUUGAACUAAUGCAGGAACAGUGUGACAGUCGUAUCACUGUUGUGAAACUUCAUGCCGAGAUGGAUCAAGGAAGAUGCAACAUUUCUCAGACCUGGCAAUAA